AAGUAGUAGUAGAAGAAGAAGAAGCAGCUGCAACAGAAGAAGAAACAGAAACGGACUUGAUAACUCUAAUUCAUUGUACGUGUCGUGAUUUCGGAACAUAACCAUAGAUUAUUGGGAUGGAGAAUGACAUUCUCGUUUCUCUUGAAGAUUUAGGGUACCAAGGUCCUCUGUUAGAGGAAGGAGCUCUAGAUUCUGCUGUGUGUGGAGGAGCAGCCUCACCUGAGUUUACUAAGCUCUGCGCCUGGAUUGUCUCAGAGCUUAGAAUCUAUUGCCUGCUGGAAGAGAAUGUCCAUGCCACCAACUGUACAAGUGAGGCUGAGAGCUUCCAGCUAGAGGUCAGCGGUCUGCUGUCGGAACUCGCCUGUCCUUACACUGUCCUCACCAGUGGAGACAUCACCCAGAGGCUCUUAAACAGGACGGACUGUCUGCUGCUUCUCACCUUUCUGGUAUCUGAGUUGGAGGCGUCAAGGAUGAUCCUGGUCAGCAAGCCUCAGAAGAAAGCCCAGGAGUCAGGCAGCCCCUUGUUUCAGGAACUGAAGGGUAUCUGCAUGGCGCUGGGCAUGUCCAAGCCUCCUGCCAACAUCAGCAUGUUCCAGUUCUUCAGUGGAAUAGAGAAGAAGCUGAAGGAAGCCAUAGGCCGUGUCCCGCCGACUCAUGUAGGGGAGCCAUUGAUGAGGAAGCCCCUUGGACCUGUGCACUUGGAAAGAAUUGAAGCUAUAAACCAAGCACUAGUAAAUGAGUAUGAAGUGAGAAGGAAGAUGAUGUUGAAACGCCUCGAUGUGACAGUGCAGUCUUUUGGAUGGUCUGACAGAGCAAAGACGCAUACUGAAAAGCUGGCCAAAGCUUACCAGCCACUGCGCUCUGCCCUGUGCACCAAAAGUAAAACCUCUGUUGCCCACCUCCUUGCUGUUCGACAAGACUUAUCCAAGAUCCUACGCACAAGCAGCGGCAAGAUGAGAGAGAAGACUGCUUGUGCUAUCAAUAAGGUUCUAAUGGGCCGAGUGCCAGACAGGGGAGGCCGACCCUGUGAAAUUGAGCCACCUCCUCCAGAGAUGCCGUCCUGGCAGAAGCGCCAGGAUGCUCCACAGGGCGGAGGACACCAUGGGGGUGGGGGUGGGCAUGGAGGCAGCAGAGGAGGCUACGAUCACUACUCUCAAGGUGGGCGUGGAGGAUAUGAGAGAGGAGGAGGACCUGGAGACAGGGGAGGCAGAGGAGGAGGUGGCAGAGCGGGGAAGGUGCAGGGAAGCUGGGGAGAUGGAGGUAGAGGUGGUUACAGCCAGGGCCAAUAUCAGGAUACAGGAGGUCAUCAGGGAGGAGGGGGGAGAAGUGGUUAUACAGAAGGAGGGAAAAAUCAAGGAGGCUUCCAGGACCCUGGUUAUCACGGAGGAGGUGGUUACCAUGACAAUUACCACCAAGACGGAGGCUGGCAUCAGGAGAGAGGUGGUGGCCGAGGAGGUCGGGGAAGCAGGGGUAGAGGAGGCCGUGGUGGAGGACAAGGGGGAAACUGGGGAGGGAGGGGAGGGCAGAAUUUUAACCAAGGAGGACAAUUUGAACAGUUCUUCCAACAUGGUGGGCAGCACUACAACCAGGCUGGCUUUAAUCAAAGCAGACACUACACUAGUUGAAGACGCAAUGUGGGGCAUGGCAGCAGAAUCCACUUGUCAUGCGUGAACAGAAUUAAAAUGCCUUAUUGUAACGUCUUCACGUUUUCAGCAUAGUAAAAUUUUGACUAAGAUUUCAAAUGAGGAUAUACACUCACCAGCCACUUUAUUAGGUACACCUGUACUAUUGUAUGCAAUUGACUGCAACACUUCUGCCUUAAC